GUCGUUGCGACCAUGUCAUCGUCGUCGACAGGAGACUCGUCGGCGGCGGCACUAAACGAGAAGCCGAAGAAGCUGACAAAGCGAUCGAGCACAAGAGAGAAGAAAGUCAAGAUCAACAUGACGUUGGCCAAGUACGAAGUAAUCAAGAAAAUUGCGCGGGAUCGCGGGUGGAAGCAAAUCACUGACGAAACAGACAAGGCGGGACUCGCCAGUUGUAACUUGCACUGGAUCGAUAUCCCCGAUUUCGUCAACACGUUCAAAAGCAUGCAGCCGUAUCAAAAAGUCAACCAUUUUCCAGGGAUGUCCAACCUGGCCCGCAAGUCCAAAUUGGCCCGCAACUUUCAGCGCAUGAUGAAGCUGUUUCCAAACGAGUACGACUUUUGCCCCAAGACGUGGAUCCUUCCGUUCGACUACACGGACUUUGCCCAACAGUUCAACUCGGACGGGACGUCGAACCGCGCCUUCAUCAUCAAGCCCGACCACAGCUGCCAAGGACGAGGAGUUUUCUUGACGAAGAACUUGAAAGAAGUCAACAAGACGGACAUUUUCGUGGCGCAGCGAUACGUGGCGCACCCGCUGCUGCUCGGGGGGAAAAAGUUCGAUCUGCGCAUUUACAUCAUGAUUGCGUCGUGCGCGCCCCUGCGUGUGUAUUUAUUUCAAGACGGCCUUGUCCGCAUGUGCACCGCUGCAUAUACUCCCCCCAACGCAGAAAACAUGGAGCAAAAAUUCAUGCACUUGACCAACUACGCGAUCAACAAGCUCAGCAACAACUUUGAAAAGAACAAGGACGAAACUGCGGAUGGAGAGGGCAGCAAACGGUCGCUCAAGUGGUUCAUGUCGUGGUUGCGGGAAAAGUACGAUGACGCAGCGGUCGACUUGCUGUGGCAUCAAAUUGGCGAUAUCUGCCUCAAGUCGAUCUUGUCUGUGCAGCCGACUCUGAGCCAGGAAUACCAGAGCACGUUUGCCAAGUUCUCGCGAGGGUCGUCCAAGCAGCCCCGGGGAGACGUAAUGACAGCAACGAACGGCGACGACGACGACGCCGCCGCAACCAACCCAGGCAAAGCCUGCGCCAACUCGUCCUGCUUUGCUAUCCUUGGCAUGGACGUCCUCAUCGACGACAACCUGAAGCCGUGGUUGCUCGAAGUCAACCACCUGCCCAGCUUUGGCUGCGAUUCUCCCCUGGACUGGAAUGUCAAGGAGCGCUUGAUCAACCAAGCCCUUGACAUCAUGCAAAUCUCGGCAACCGACAAAGAGUUGUACGAUGCCGAGCACGCCAAGAACCUCCAUCGUCGACUGUAUGGCGAGCAAAUGGCAGGGGGCGGCGAAGGUGCGCAGGACGAGGGGAGCGAUCAUGGCCCUGAAACAGACACGGAUGCGACCCCUCGGGGUCAGCUGUCCAAGGAAGCGCUGACGACGACCCUGCUCAAGUUUUACAGCUUGGUCAACCCGGAAAAGCCACCGUCCGACAUUGACGCUAUCGUAGUAAAGUUCCUGGACAACCAAGACGAACUGCACAAGAGUCUGGUCGUCAAGUACGGCCGGGGGGUGUUUGAUGGUGUGGCCGUGAAGCCGACCAACAACGACACCACGGCAGUCGUGGACGAAGGCUUGGUAGAUUUUGUCCGGUUGUAUCCGCCGCCCGUCCCGACCGCCCAGAACGCCAUUUACAAAACGAUUUUGGACGCGUGCCAAAGCAACUUGGACGAGCAACUGCUGCGGCUGACCGCCCCCCUUCACCAGAAGAAGGGUGAAGACCUGAGCAAGUUGCCACCUCUCGUGAAAGGCGGCACGAAGAAAGACCUGGGCCGCGACUGCUUUGGGUUCACCGGCACAGACAAGGUGCAGCAACUCGAAGUCAAGGACAAAAAGCCGCUGCCAGUCCCUGGUCCGGCGCAAAUAGCCGCCGCGUCCCGGCUGAUGAUGGGUCACUCGAGCCAGAAACUGUCGGUACUCGUGCCGACGCGGCCAUCGUCGCAAAACUCGACGGCGAACCCAGCGAAGAAAGCUCCAGUUCAGUACGGCCUCGAGUAUCGAGAGAGGCUGGAAACCAUGAAGAACAAACCGACCAUCGCCAUGACGCAAAUCACGUUUGGCGGAUUUGGCUAAUGCCCGCGUCAAGUUUAGUAGGAUUCGUGUACAAAUGCACAUCGCUUGCUGUUCGCU